CACUUGACCUCUUCAAAGAUGGCUGCUCCUUAGCGUGUCACAUGACAGGCGCUUUACGGUUUUGUGCGUCGUGAACGGGUCGGUGUAGAGGACGUUCGGAGCAGCUCAGUCAUGCCAUUUAUUGAUCUUCAAACCAAACUCGGCAUUGAUGUAGACAAAUGGCUGUUGCUGCAGAGUGGAACGCAGGUACAUCAUAUAGCUGGACGUUGCCACGCAUUUGAGAAAGAAUGGGUGGAGUGCUCCCAUGGCAUUGGUAAAAUCCGAGCAGAAAAGGAGUGCAAGCUGGAAUAUGAGGACUUUAUGGAGUGUAUGCACAGAACCAAAACGCUGCAGCGCUUGAAGGCCAUCAAGGAUCAGAUGCAGAAGCUAGAGAAGGAAGGGAAAUACAAAGCUCCGGAUUUCAGUAAAGAGGAAAACAGACCAUAAUGGCAUCAAAUUGAAGCCUGUUUUAUUUGUUUUUGUGGCUAACCUAUUGAAGACAGCCAAACUCUGGCUGUAUAUUAAAAUGCUUAAAUUAA